UGGUGUUCAAACAGGUAUAUUGCGUGUCCAAAAUGAAUGAAAUAGGUUUUCGAUCAUAAGCGAUGUGAUUGGUCAUGCUCGGUUGCAUCAGAGGCUCUGAUUGGCUACCCACCUCAUUAAUUCGGGAUUUGCCCUAUAGAGUUCACACCUGAAGAAGGGGUUUGCGCGUGGCUUGUUCGCAGAAGCUAGAAAAGCAUUUGUUUUCGCUCGUGCACAUUGUGAACAAAGAGCUAGGAGAAAGUACACCAACUCAAAAGGCUCAUUCCCGUCUCAGAUAGUGUCCAGUUGAGGUCUUUGAUCUUAAGGGACCACAAAUCUGCAGCACUCGGAAACACUGCCUUCAAUACUGCUCACUCUCUUCGCUGUCUUGUCACAGAGCUUUUUAAAGCUUUCAACUAUCUGAGCUCAUCAAGGGAAAUGGUUCUCCAAAGACUUGGAAGUUUGUUUUGCGAAAACUCCUCUCACAGUCGAAGGGAAAUGGUUCACGACCUCAUUGCCAGUGGAAACUUUGAAACAUCUGAGCUCAAAAUUGGUAAGCUUCUUGGAAGUGGUGGAUUUGGGAGUGUAUACGAGACGGUCUUUCGCGGAGAGCGGCUGGCGCUCAAGAAACUACACAAAGGACUCAAAAACGAACGCGCAGCUCGGGAAAGUUUUGAGGCAGAAACUUCUGUCCUCAAGUUUGCACAUCCUAAUAUUGUAAGAACUUUUGCUCUGCUAGUUAUAUGUGACACGAACUGUAUAAUUAUGGAAUAUGCUGGGGACAGAAAUUUACAGAACGUUAUAAACGACUCGUUUGAGUCACUUACAGCUCCACGCCGCACGAAAUUCGCCCUGGACAUAGCACAUGCACUGGAUUAUGCUCACGAAAAAGGGAUUGUACACUUAGACCUCAAACCAAGUAAUGUUAUGGUAUCAUGCGAAGAUCACUGUAAACUAGCUGAUUUCGGUUGCUGCCAAGCUGUAGAAGUUAACGAUAAACCUGCCAGUCCGACCAAAUCCAACCUGACGGGCACAUAUGCUUACAGAGCUCCUGAGUUACUUAGAGGUGAAUGCCCAACCACUAAGGCAGACAUUUAUUCUUACGGUAUAUGUUUGUGGCAAAUGCUUACAAGAGAACUCCCUUACGGGAAUCAAAACCAGCACGUUAUCAUUUUUGGUGUAGUGGCUUACCAACUGCGACCAAAGCUAUCAGGAGAAAUAAAUACUUGUGAUGAAGAAUAUGUAAAUCUGAUUCAACAAUGUUGGGAGGCUGAUCCAAAGCAAAGGCCUUUGGCUUCCGAGAUAGUCGUUAAAGUAAAAAAUGUUUUUAGAACUUAUGAUAUCGAAAUGUGCUCUAAGGAUGUAGCCUUUAUAUCCAGCGAAGGACAACAGCCAAAACUGAACAGAAUUGAACUAUGCGGUUCGCAGUCAGAGGAAUACGACUCGAACCAGCCAGACACUUACAGCUGCAGUUUUUAAUGCGAGAAGAAAGAUAUAGAACAGCCAACUAUGAAUGAAUUACCCUUGUGCUUGUUCGCAUAUUAACUUGUUCUUUCAUGCAAAUCAAGACUUUUAAUAUAGAAAUUUUCAUUUCAAACUGAUCAAGUGAUUAACAAUUAACGUAUAAUGUAACUAGGUUUCCAAUUUAAAUGUGGUUUAUUUUGUAAUUUCAUACAUAAAUAAUAAAGAAGAGAAAGCUAGACGAUU